AUAUUUUGAAUUUUAUAAAAAAAAAGUAUAAAAUGUCGGAGCAUGGAAAAUUUAGGAAGGAAAAACGCGUUGGAAGGGGAAAAGCUUAAUUAGAAAAUUGCUCUCCUAUUUCUUCGUUUUCCUAAAUCAAACACAAAUCCCCCCAUUUUCUCCGCUAAAAGAAAUUAUGAGUGAUCACCUGGUGUUGUAUGUGGACCGUCUGGUAAGGCCGGUUCCCGUACAGCCGUUGGAGUCGGAGGCUGGUCCUUCCACCGAGAUUUCUGGACCGUCGUGCUCCGCGGAGGAUAAGGAGAAGGGGGUCGUCCGAGGAGGCGAGGAGGAGGACGACGACGACGAGGAGGAGCCGCUGAUUCAGGCGGCGGAGUGCCGCAUUUGCCAGGAGGAAGAUUCUAUUAAGAAUCUUGAGACUCCUUGUGCCUGCAGUGGCAGCCUCAAGUAUGCACAUAGGAAGUGCGUGCAGCAUUGGUGCAAUGAGAAAGGAGAUAUAAUCUGCGAGAUAUGUCAUCAGCCUUACCAGCCUGGUUAUACUGCUCCACCUCGUCCCCAUUCUGAAGAAACCGCUAUAGAUAUUGGUGGAGGCUGGACAAUCUCUGGCACCCCUCUGGAUUUGCGUGAUCCUCGCCUCUUGGCCAUUGCAGAGGCAGAACGCCAAUUUUUGGAAGCAGAGUAUGAUGAAUAUGCUGCAUCAAAUGCCAGUGGAGCUGCAUUUUGCCGUUCAGCUGCUCUAAUUUUAAUGGCACUUCUGUUAUUGCGGCAUGCAUUGACUGUUCCGGAUGCUGAUGGAGAUGAUGAUGAUGUGUCUACUUUUUUCUCUCUUUUCUUGCUUCGAGCUGCUGGAUUUCUCUUGCCAUGCUACAUCAUGGCUUGGGCCAUCAGUAUAUUACAGCGCCGAAGGCAAAGACAGGAAGCAGCAGCGUUGGCUGCAACACAGGUUGCUUUCGUGUUACAAUCUGGGCAACGUAGGGGUAUGCAGUUUACCAUUGCAUCAGGACCAGCGGUGACUCCACACCAGGAAAGUGUUUGACUUAAGAGGAAUGCGUGAAGGUCUGGCACUAACAUUAUAUUGGUUGUUGAAGGGUAAAUGAGAACGGUUCGCCUAUCAAUAAACCUGAAAAGCUUUUUAUUUUUUAUCUCCAAAAUAGAUGGUUGAGAAAGAUUCGGAGAAAGUUAGGGUAGCCUUCAGUCAUUUCCAUGUCAUGUACCCAUCAUUGUGUAUAUGUAUAUACGAGCUUCAAAGCACUUAAGCUUGAGCUACCCAGGUCUUGUGAAAUGCAGAAUUCUCUCCAUCUUCAGUUCCAAUGUCCUAGUGUGCUUUCUUUUCCGGUCAUUACUGUUUCAGUUAAAACUCUUCUGUUGUAGCGCCGUAUGUGCCGGCUGUAGGAUACCGCCCGAAGGGGACUGUGAUGCAACAAAAGAAUGAGAAAUUCAUAUUUCAUGUA